UUUCCCCCUCAUGGAUCGGACAUCAUGAACUUUUCUUGAUCAAACCCUCAGGCAGGAGAAUGGGAAAGUUCCAGUCCAAACUGGUUUCGAAACGCAGACAGAGUCCUGAAGGUGGUAGUUUGGUUUCCAAUGUGCUGACCUGUCAAAGCGAGCUGGAGCGCAUCCGCAUCCACAAAACCAAACUGACAGAGAACUUGUACGUAGAAUUGAGGGCAAACAGGUCGGACCGUAACUGCAACCUUAAAGUGGUUCUGCCACCAAAGAAGACACCUGAUGGAGGUAACAGCAUCCACUUCCAGGUCAAUAAACAAGCCAAGAAGAGGAGCACCCAUGCUGAUGUCACAGAGUGUAACACGGUGCCUGAUGAGGACACUCAGCAGGAGUGGGUCUUCACACUGUACAACUUUGACAACAGUGACAAGGUCACCAAAGAAGACAUGACCAGUAUGAUGCACUCCAUGUAUGAGGUUAUAGGGGCGUCGGUCAAGCCGCCUUAUGGUGGCAAUACACCCAUGAAGAUAAAGCUAGUUGUCACUCCGUCAGCUGAUCCUGAGAACAUCUUACAUAUAGCAACAGAGAAGGAGCAGAGUGCGUCUCAGGAGUCAGGAAACCCAGUAAGAAGAUUAUAUUGCGUGGAUGAAAACAUAGAGCGCAGAAACCACUACCUGGAUCUAGCUGGCAUUGAAAACUACACCUCCAAGUUUGACAAUACAGAAUCUCUCUUGCAGGAGCCCAGCCAGGAUGCUCGCUCUGCUGCUAAGCACCACCCUGUGGUGAUCAGAGAGAACUACAUCUCCCCUGAGUCUCCCAGAGGCCUCUCUAUCCCUCAGUCCCUGAAAAGCAAGGCUGUGUCAGCGGGGAAAGACAGGAAUGGAGGGCAGGGAAAGUCUUGCAGAUUACACGGUCAACACCCCGCGUCAUGGUGCCAUCCUGCCCGAUCGCAGCCUGCAGCACAUACUGUCCUGCAACGUAGUCACAGCAAGAGGGUUCGCUCCAGGGUACAAGAUGCCUCGCACCUUCGAUCCACGCCGGGGGCAGAUAGGGAAAUAUUUUCCAACCUUCAGUCCUCUCGAGCACAGAGACACGAGCACCACCACGAGCACCAUCAUCAUCAUCACCAUCACCACCACCCUUCAUAA